CGAGCUGCCGCGCUGGCUGCGAGAAAGUGACCCACUCGGCGUUGGUUUCCGUCGUGGCGAUGGCCUCGUUUGUGACAGAAGUAUUGGCACACUCGGGGAGGCUCGAGAAAGAGGAUCUGGCCACCCGGAUCAGCCGCUUGACCCGGCGGGUCGAGGAGAUUAAGGGUGAGGUGUGCAGUGUGAUCAGCAAGAAGUACAGUGAGUUCCUGCCUAGCAUGAAGAGUGCACAGGACUUGGUUACCCAGGUGGAUAAGCUAUCUGAUGACAUUGACCAGCUGAAAUCCAGGAUAGAGAGUGAGGUCCGCAGGGAUCUUCAUGUAUCAACUACUGAAUUUACAGACUUGAAGCAACAGUUGGAAAGAGACUCAGUAGUCCUAAGUCUGCUUAAACAGCUACAAGAGUUUUCUACUGCUAUUGAUGAAUAUAAUUGUGCAUUAUCAGAGAAGAAGUAUGUCGCUGCUGCUCAGCGUCUAGAAGAGGCACAGAAAUGCUUGAAGUUAUUAAAAUCCAGAAAAUGCUUUGAUUUAAAAAUGUUGAAAUCUCUCAGCAUGGAGCUCACAAUACAGAAACAGAACAUACUUUAUCACCUUGGAGAAGAGUGGCAGAAGCUGAUUAUAUGGAAGUUCCCACCAUCAAAAGAUACUAGCAGCUUGGAAUCUUGCCUACAAACGGAACUUCAUUUAUGCACUGAGCAAUCCCAGAAAGAGGAGAAGACUCCCGUGCUGUCCAUCAGUUCUGUCCUCUUGGCAUUUUCCAUUCUUGGAGAACUACACACCAAGCUUAAAUCAUUUGGUCAGAUGCUGCUGAAGUAUAUCCUUAGGCCUCUGGCAUCUUGCCCAUCCCUUCAUUCUGUGAUAGAAAGCCAGCCUAAUGUAGUUAUUGUUCGUUUCGAAUCUGUGAGGACUGACUUGGAACAUCCAUCACCAUCUGAAGUUUUUACAAAGAUCAGACUGGUACUGGAAGUGAUCCAGAAACAGCUUCUAGAUUUGCCUCUUGACACUGACAUAGAAAAUGAAAAAACAUCUACGAUCAUAUUGGCAGAAAUGCUUGGUGGCAUGAUAUGGGAGGACUUGUCUGACUGCCUCAUCAAAAACUGUUUGGUUUAUUCUAUUCCAACAAAUAGCAGCAAGUUACAGCAAUAUGAAGAGAUCAUACAAUCCACUGAAGAAUUUGAAAAUGCCCUAAAGGAGAUGAGGUUUUUAAAAGGAGAUACUACUGAUUUGCUGAAAUAUGCCCGUAAUGUCAACUCUCAUUUUGCUAACAAGAAGUGCCAGGAUGUGAUUGUGGCAGCCAGAAACCUAAUGACCUCUGAAAUUCACAACACUGUGAAGAUUACUCCUGAUUCUAAGAUAAAUGUGCCAGACUUACCCAGUCCUAAUGAGGAUGACAAGCUAAACGUACAGAAAGUAUCCAAAACUCAUUUCAACGAAGUGGUGAAUUUAGAGCCUGAGAAUACAUUGGACCAACAUUCCUUUUCUUUGCCCACAUGCCGCAUCAGUGAAUCUGUGAAGAAAUUAAUGGAACUUGCCUAUCAGACUUUACUAGAGGCAACGACGAGCAGUGAUCAGUGCGCUGUUCAACUUUUCUACUCAGUGAGGAAUAUCUUUCAUUUGUUCCAUGAUGUUGUACCAACAUAUCACAAGGAGAACCUUCAAAAACUGCCCCAGUUGGCUGCAAUUCACCACAACAACUGCAUGUAUAUUGCUCACCACUUGCUGACCCUCGGGCAUCAGUUCAGAUUACGUUUUGUCCCCAUUCUUUGUGAUGGCACUACUACUUUUGUGGAUCUUGUACCUGGAUUCAGGAGACUUGGGACAGAGUGUUUUUUGGCCCAAAUGCGGGCACAGAAAGGUGAACUUCUGGAAAGAUUAUCAAGUGCUAGGAACUUUUCAAACAUGGACGAUGAAGAGAAUUAUUCUGCAGCAAGUAAAGCGAUCCGGCAGGUACUUCAUCACCUAAAGAGACUUGGAAUUGUGUGGCAGGAUGUCCUGCCAGUGAAUAUAUAUUGCAAAGCUAUGGGGACUUUACUCAAUACAGCAAUUUCUGAGAUCAUUGGCAGAAUCACUGCCCUAGAGGACAUCUCUACUGAAGAUGGUGAUAGAUUAUAUUCCUUAUGCAAAACAGUGAUGGAUGAAGGACCCCAAGUAUUUGCUCCUUUAUCUGAAGAAAGCAAGAAUAAGAAAUAUCAAGAAGAGGUUCCAGUUUAUGUGCCAAAAUGGAUGCCAUUCAAAGAAUUGAUGAUGAUACUACAAGCCAGCUUGCAAGAAAUUGGGGAUCGGUGGGCAGAUGGAAAAGGGCCCCUGGCAGCUGCGUUCUCUUCCAGUGAAGUAAAAGCUUUAAUUCGUGCCUUGUUCCAGAACACAGAAAGAAGAGCAGCUGCCCUUGCUAAGAUUAAAUAGCUCCACCUUUUUGAGAAAGCCAUGUCUUGACCAUGUGGAUUCCUCCUUUGACAUAAUUAUUCCCUUAAAGACUUCCUGGAAUCUCCCAUUGGUUCUGGUGAAUCAGUAUACUGUGGAAGUUUGACUUUACAUUAAAACGUCUUACCUCAUGGCCUAUAUGAGGCUUUGUUGAAGAACUGGAUAGUAAGAUAAAAUAUCAAGUGAAGCACCUGAAUUCAUUGACUUUCUAGUUACACGCCUCUAAACAGAUGAGAAACUGUAAGGCAGCAUCAUUUCAUGCUGCUUCCAGUGCCCUCUGGGAACUAUAUAUAUUAUAAACAUAGACCUCAGCUUUGGAUCAAGGAAUCUGGGAGAUUCCAAGAGUCAGGAUAAAGAAUUUGUGAGCAAAUGGGAGAUAUUUUUGUGGGGGUGGGGGAAGACAGGGGCACCAUAUUUGGCCUUGCAGGAAUUAAGUAGACUUUCUGUAAUAUUUCUUUCCAAUAAAUAAUGCUUUUUGGAGUUAAGGGUGAGUGUCUAAUAACAUGGGAGCUUUAACAAAAGAGACUAACAAGUUUUCUUAUCUUCUAUGCCGUUCUUUUUAUUGAAGUAUAUGACCCUUCAGAGGACUCACAGACUUGUCAUAUCCUUUCUUCAUAGCACUACCUGAUAGUUUUUCAGAAUUCCUAGGUAUAGGAAUAAAUUUUAAGUAUAAAUUUUGGGUUCUUUCUGCUAUUUCAACUAAAUUUUAUUUUCGUGAUUGGUUUUUUCCCCUUCUUAAGCUCCACUGUUUCUACAACUUGUCAAAUGACAAAAGCUUUAAAUUGCUGAUGUUCCUUUGAAACAUAUAUGCCAUGAGAUGCUAAUUCUGGGCUCUAUAGCCUAAUCCUUUAUUUGGUGGACAUAGGUAAUCCAUCAGCUCAACUCUUUGUGUUUUUAAGUUUGCAGCCAGUGGAGGUUAUGUGUUAUGUUAAGGUUAUCCUGGACCUCACUGGGACUCUGGAUUGUAUUUCUUCAUACUAAAAUACAGUUUUGUUUCCUGAGAAGAGGGUAAGAGGUGUAAUCUUUAUGUGCUUUUGAGGUGGGUGCUGUCUGAAGGAAAUUUCUUUUUUUUUUUUUUAAAGGUGACCAGUAAGAGGAUCUUAACCCUUGACUUGGUGUUGUCAGCACCACGCUCUCAAGUGAGCUAACUGGCCAUCCCUAUAUAGGGAUCUGAACCCUUGGCCUUGGUGUUACCACACCACACUCUCCCAAGUGAGCCACGGGCCAGCCCUUGAAGGACAUUUCUAUGGGUGUUCUUUGUCCUCAGCCUCCCAAUCCCUUGCACACAGAACAAAUUGUUUUUCCUCCUGCCUUCCUCUAUUUUCUGCCUUCACCCUCUUGUUCUUAGUUCUGGCUCAGCCCCUUUAAUUGAGUCAUUAUGGUUACUUAAUCUUUUUCCUAUUUAAGGGUCAUAGAAGAACUAUUAAGAAAGAAGACUGGUUUUCUUUUUAUAACAGAACUCAGCUGUGGUUAACAACAAGCUCUUUGUCUGUACUUUGCAUGUUCUACUAUGAGAACUCACAGAGAAAAGAACUGUCUGAACCAGCUUUGUUGUUUUUUGAGAACAAGCUGGCUUUCUUAGGAGAAAGAUGCCAU